AUGCCCUCUACCUCGCUCAUUCCACCCCAGUCCAGCUGCCCCCUUGCUCUUCUUCAGAUUUACCAGAUAAUGGAAAUUAUUCCCAAUGGCUCUAUUAAUCCACAGCCCUAUAAUGGUUUAAGGCCAGCACGGGUACCAUCAGCCUCAAGAUUCCUGAAUCCCUAUGUAGUGGGUUUCGUUGUUGUGGCAGGAGUGGUAAUCCUGGCAGUGACCAUAGCUCUACUCAUCCACUUUUUAGCCUUUGAUCAAAAGUCUUAUUUUUAUCAUAGCAGCUUUCAAAUCCUAAAUGUCAAAUACAGUAAUCAGUUAAAUUCACCAGCUACACAGGAAUAUAGGGAUUUGAGUGGAAGAAUUGAAUCUAUGAUUACUAAAACAUUCCAAGAAUCAAAUUUAAGAAAUCAAUUCAUCAGAGCUCAUGUUGUCAAACUGAGGCAAGAGGGUAAUGGUGUGAUAGCAGAUGUUGUCAUGAAAUUUAAAUUCACUAGAAACAACAAUGGAGCAUCAAUGAAAAGGAGAAUUGAGUCUGUUUUACACCACAUGCUGAAUAACUCUGGAAACUUGGAAAUAAACCCUUCAACUGAGAUAACAUCAAUUACUGACCAGGAUACAGUGGAUAUGUUCACUCAAGGAUGUGGGGCCCGUACAGACCUAAUAACUCUGUCUGCGGAGAGGAUCCUAGGAGGCACUAAGGCUGAGGAAGGAGACUGGCCAUGGCAAGUCAGUCUACAGACGAAUAAUGUUCACCACUGCGGAGGCAUCCUGAUCAGUAAUAUGUGGAUCUUGACAGCAGCUCACUGCUUCAGAAGCUACCCUAAUCCUCGUCAGUGGACUGUCACUUUCGGUGUUUCAACAACAUUUCCUAAACAGAGAAGAGGAGUAAGGACUAUUUUAAUCCAUAGCAAUUAUAACCCUGCAACUCAUGAAAAUGAUAUUGCAGCUAUACAACUUGACAGAGGCAUCACCUUUACCAAAGAUAUCCAUAGGGUGUGUCUCCCGGAGGCUACCCAGAAUAUUCCGCCUGGGUCUACUGCUUAUGUAACAGGAUGGGGAUCUCAAGAAUAUGGCGGUAACACAGUUUCAGAUCUACAGCAAGCACGGGUCAGAAUAAUAAGUAAUGAUGCAUGUAAUGCACCAACUAGUUAUAAUGGAGCUGUUUUGUCGGGAAUGCUAUGUGCUGGACUACCUCAAGGUGGAGUGGAUGCAUGCCGAGGUGACUCUGGUGGCCCACUAGUUCAAGAGGACUCACGGCGGCUUUGGUUCCUUGUGGGGAUAGUAAGCUGGGGGGAUCAAUGUGGUCUGCCAGAUAAGCCAGGAGUAUAUACGCGAGUGACAGCCUACCGUGCUUGGAUAACUGAAAAAACUGGGGUCUAG